AAAAAAAAAAAAAAAAAAAAAAAAAAGAAAAAGAAAGAAUAACCCCUACUUUCUCUCUCUGUCUUUCUCUUCUUCUUCUUCUUUUCUCUCUCAAAACGGUCUUGCUCCAUUCUUCACAUUCGGACAUCGUGUUGCAGAGAAUUCAAAUGCCGUUUGUUGAGGCCCUGGAAUCCUACUCCAGGGCGCUCUACCUGCCCUUGCGUGGAUAUGUCCGUCGCCCCUUUCAAUUUGUUUCUGAUGUGAUCCGGGAAUAUGUCCCUGGUAGUUUAGAAGAUAUGCGCAUUGUCAUGGAACAAACUAUCCUUGGACCAUCACAAUAUGCGCUCGAAAGGGGUGGAGGAGGAGAAUCACCUUUUGCCAGUCGUGGGUUCUUCAAUCGCCUCACUAUGAAAAAUACUGCCGUUAACACCGCUGUUGGUACAGGAACAAAGACUGGAGGUAAUCAUGGUGCUUCUGGUAGCAAUGUUACAGGGUCCACUGCAGCUGGUAAUGGAGGAACAAAGUUGCUGCAGAAUCAGCCGUCCAUGAUCCAAUUCUUCACCAGCCCAUACUUUCUGUUGUUAUGCUUUAUGAAUAUUGUUUUGAACAGGAUUAAUGCCAUUGUUGCCCCCAGGAACCCACACCCGCCGAGACUUUCCGUCCGCUUUGCACUUAAAUUACCAGCGCUCUACCUCUUGAUGAAGAGUGCCUGUGUCAUAACUGCGCUUUUAAUCCCAGAGCUUCAACAUCAGACAUUCUUGUCCUCCUCCUCAUUGUUAUCGAAAUUUGCAGAGGUACUAUCGAGUCUCAAGGCAGCAUACAGCGAACCGCAUGCUCUUUGGCUCUGCUUUAUUGCUAUGGGUGUUUCUUGCACCAUUGAUUCGUUUAUCACCAACCUGGACAGCUCUAAUAGCAGAGGCAGUGAGCAUACAACCAACAUGCUAGAGUGGGCUAUUCUCUUUCAUUUCACUCCCUCUGGACGGGAUGUUCUCAUCAUUGCAUUGAUCCAAGUCUGUCAACUGCUGACGCUCCAGUUCUCGAGUCUAUCGAGUCGAGCCAGGAACUAUCGAUUGGUUGUAACCACAUUCUGGGGGGUCGUGGAUCUGACCCAUUUUGCACACGCUAUAUAUUAUCGCUCCAGUAAUUAUCCGUCGAUCCAAUUAUUGACCAGGCUCCCAGAAGUGGUUGUAAUCCUCGUCGUUUGCAUCUCAAUGGUUGUUCACACAGUAACAUAUAUCGUGACUGGAGGCAAUGUCAGAAGACAAAUGUUUGAAUCCAGAGCACUGCCCUCAAUGGCCGAUGAAUAUGGUGUGGCUGUGUUCAAAGUCGGACGCGCAUGCAUGGAAGCUACUCGAGGUGUUGGAUUUAGAAAUGAAGUAGAUGCGGUUGUGAUCCCCUUUGGGACUAUCUUGGAUCACAGGAAUGGCCACAAACACAGAUCGUUGCAACGUGAUUCAUCUCGGGCGCGACAAAAUGGUGGCAUCUAUUUUUCACUGCCGAAUGGAGCUAAUGGAGUAAGAUAUGGUUUAUCUUCAGGAUUUGCUAACGAGAUGGCCGAUAUUGUUGAAACAUCUAGUCAACGCCAACGGCCCUCGAGCUUGCGAAAUCGCAUUAAUGUUAUGAAGGCAUUCUGUCAAAGUAGUGCCAGUCUUUUGAUGGAGACAGCAUAUGGUAUUUAUAACAAGAUUGUGCCUUCUAGGUACCGAAGAACACCACGUGGAUCGUCAUCAGGAACUAGGAUGACAAUUCAAAAUUAUUUGCAACUGCGAAGUACCAUCGAACAAGCACUGGAGAAGGCUCGGUUAUCAGGAGAACAAAAAAUUCAUCAAUUUGAAAGAGAACAAUACAUGUUGGCGGCAGCGAUGGAUGAAGAGGAGGAAGAGGAGCUCUACAAUGAUUUCUUGACUAGAGAUUUUACCGCGACAGAUGAUGAGGAUGAGGACUAUGAUGUCAAUUUUAUGGUGUUUGAUGAUAGUGAGGACGGCGUUGGGGAAGAACAAGAGUCAGAUUUUGAAGGACUUGAAAACUUGGAUUCAAAUCAAGAAUCUUUUGAGGAUCCAAUGAGCGAACAGGAUAGAUCAGGCGAGUCAGAAUCGUAUGGCUUAAAACGCUCACAUACUGUGGACGAUGAUUCUGACCAUGAGUUUGUUGUGGACUCUGAUGGCAAUGAUGGGGAGUCGGAGCAGCAUUACUCCUCUGCGUGGCGAUCACUGGGAUCAUUACAGGAUUUUUUCUUAGACACCUCCUUUAUGAGCAUUUUUUUGUCAGGCAGGCUGCAGGAUACACCACUGACGAGAUCUCAAUAUCGUCAGGCAAUGAGUGGUGCGCGUGAAUUUCAACAGGAUUCGAUAGAAGAUAUUGCGGGCAGCAGCAGCAGUAAUAGUAGUGGAGGCGGUAGUGGUAGUGGGUCCUUAAGAUUGCUGCGGCGGAGAAAGGGCGGAAUGGAUGAUGCAGAUAAGACGACACUGCUCGCUGUCCUCAAUCGCUAUCGAAAGACUGUCAUGGAGAAGUCGCCUUUAUCCUCCAAUACGGGUUCUACAGUGGCCUCGAGUACUAGUGAUAAUAGCAGUAGGGAUAGUAUAAACAGUACAGCACCACCUCCUCUUGCCGAAUCAUUGCCCUCAACGGCAGCUGAGGAUAGUUCUAUAUACAGUCGACUUUUGUGUGUAGUCUGCCAGUCGGAGCCCAGGGGAGUGCUGUUGAGGCCAUGUCGAUGCCUAGCUCUGUGCAACGAAUGUCGUGAAAUCUUGGCAUCCAGACGGUUCAAGCAAUGUCCUUGUUGUCGUGCUGAUGUCCAAGGUUUUUCCAAGGUUUAUCUCCCAUGAAGACAGAUAGACUAUGAUCAUAACGCC